AUGAGUGAAACACCAUCACAAUCAACAACAUCGCCACAAAAGAGAAGUAAUGAUGAUACUCAAUUGAACGAUUCCAAAAGACCAAAGACCUCGGUAGAGGCUUCAACAGACUUGGAAAGCUUUGAUAUUAACGAUUUUGAUCUACCCCAGUCUACCGGUGCAGAAGCUUCUUCUCCUUUUAAAGUUGAUAUUCCAUUAGUUGCAACAACAGCAUCAUCACAACCAUCAGCAUCUACGUCAGUUAUAGAUAUACAGAAUCAGUUUAAUCUAGAUUUACCAGAUCUCCCUGGUGAAAGUCCAAGUACAACAAAUAUAGGAAGAUCACCAUCAGUUCCGCAACAGACAAUAUCUCAAAAUGACAAUAAUAAUAACAAUAAUAACGCAGCAGCAAACAAAAAUAAUAAAGAUACUGAUGAAAAUGGACUUCAAAAACCUUCUGGUACAGCAGAAGACCCAGAUAAAUUAUCAGAUGCAUUAUUAUCCGCUGGUGUUGAUUUAAAAGCUGAAGAAGCACUAUUGACAUCAACAGUGAAUAGUUUACCCACAAAGCAGAAUGGAGAACAAACAGCUGCAAAUGCAGUACAACAACCGAUUAUUAUAAAUACACCAUUCUUGGAUCCUAGACAAGUUGCCACAUUUAUGUCUAAAGUUGCCAAUGCAAAUGGGAUUAAACAAUCUUUUGACAAUGAAGUUCAUUCUCCAAUAUUACAACUAAUGACGAAUGCUUGUGAAGAAUGGAUGACAAACAUAGUGACAAAUGCUGUGAUACUUUCAAGACAUAGAAGAAGAUCUAUUAGACAACGUAAAAGAAGUGAGAUUUCAAAAGCAUUAAGAGAAGUAGCUGUACAGCAGAAAUCUCAAGAAGAUAAAAGACAACAAAAGAGAAAAAAUCUAGGGAUUGAUCAAGAAGAACAAAGUAAACUGGGUACUGAAGAAACACAACAUAAGGCAACAAAUGCAACUGUUGCAAUGAUGACUGCCGGUAAGAAGAAGAAAUAUAGCUGGAUGACAGGAGGUGGAGCGGGUUCAGGUGGUUCAAAAGCUUCCUCGGGGUCAGUAGAUGGUGGUAUAAGAUUUAGAGAAGCUAGAGAGGAACCUGGUAUUGCAGUUAGAGAUUUAUUAAGUAGUCUUGAAAAGAAAAGACAUGGCGUGGAAAAAGUUAUAACGAAAGGUUACUCCAAGUUGAAAGAUUAA